GCACGAAGAAGGCGCGCACACAGCAGCUUCUCCAGCUCUGGGCGGUUACAAAACAUACUGACAGCAUCAUGGCCACAACCUUGUUUGGCAGUGUGUUUCUUCUGCUGGCCUUUCGGCUAGCUUUGACUUUUGGUCACAAUCCUAGGACACCAGACAGAGUUUCUGAAGCUGAUAUUCAAAGACUUCUCCAUGGGGUUAUGGAGCAACUGGGCAUUGCCAGACCCCGAGUUGAAUACCCUGCCCACCAAGCAACAAAUCUGGUUGGUCCACAGAGUAUUGAAGGUGGUGCACAUGAAGGUCUGCAACACUUGGGUCCAUAUGGAAAUAUACCCAAUAUUGUUGCUGAGUUAACUGGUGACAACAUACCUAAAGAUUUCAGUGAAGAUCAAGGAUAUCCUGAUCCUCCAAAUCCUUGCCCAGUUGGAAAAACAG